AUGGAUGAGCAUGGAGCAUAUCCUGACCCCGUAAACGCCAAAGCACAAUUUUCGACCUCGACAGCAGCGGGACAUGGCUUCUUCCCACCGCUAAGGGCAUCCGCCAGUGACCUUACCCAAUCGUCAGUGGCAGAUGCCAGCGAUUCAAACUCCCCACCAUCAACAUCAUCAUCUAUUCAAUUUGGAACAGAUCCAGGCGCGAAUUCGAAACCGAAUUCCCAGGCUAAGAUGGCAGAUGAACACCCAUCACUCCUACAGCUACAGACAACCUCACUUCCUCGAUCGCUUCAAAGGACUGACUCUGGUCACGAUACAGUAGCCUUUAGCCCUUUUCACAGUCCACCUAGUGCGAGAGGUACUGUACAGCUCACCCCGGGGCAAAAAAGAACGGCAAGUGGUGACCGACCAUACUCUUUAAUGACUCCUACCGAAACUGGAUAUCAUUCAAGAUCAAUGAGUACUGAUUCGCAUUCGAACCGGAUUGCAGAAAUUUCGGCUCAGCUCCGCUCGCGAUUAUCCUGGGCAGCAGCAAAGGUGGAAAAAGAUUGGAAGUCCAAUCCCAAUGGCAGCAAGCUCGGUUCACCUGGCAAGAAAUCUUCGCCAAGGGGAAUCAGAGCGUCUACACAACCCAAUGGCCCGUCGAUAUCAAAUCAGGCUCCAAAGGUCACUGGUCCUGUUGGAGAACGCGACCUUGCUGCUGAAGUAUUAAGAAUCGCCACUGGGUUUAGCAGUCCGAGGCCAGAUAUAUCACGACGCAAGUCCUCAAACCACUCGUCCAGAUCAUAUCAUCGGCAUAAUUUAUCAGUGGGCUUAACCCCUUCCAAUGGGCCCCACGAACGGCCGUCACCGAAUAAUUUUCAGCAAAUUCCACGCCUUGCUCCACCAGCGGAUAUAGUGCCCCGUAAUGGAACUCAUGCAAGACGUAAAGUUGCCCAAAAUAGCACCAGCCCUAAAAAACUCAGGAUUCCGUCACUAUCACAGCAAUCCUCAAACUCCUCUGCAGUAGGGACCAAUGGAUCUUGCCGUAUUCCGGCUACACCUCCUCAACCCCAACCUGCGUUCAAAGCUCCAUCUUCUGCAACAACAGCAAUUCUUGGAAGGCACUGCACUUCUGCCCAAAAGACAAUUAUGGAGCAGGACGCUGUUGAAACUCUUGUAUUCAUGGGAAGCCCAGAGAACUCUGGAUAUUACAACGACUCUAGAUCACAGACUAACCCGCCAAGCAACUCUCAGGAUUCUUUGCAAUACAACUCAGCUCCUUCACUAUGUGAAAAUAUAUCGGCUCCUACCUCUUCUACACCAGGAUUCGGCACGGCUUUUAGCUUCGAGCCCCGAGGGGACCCACCUCAAGCCAAACGUGUUAGUUUUGCAGACCAUGGUGGAGAAACUCCAUACGCAAGCUGCAGCCGGCCCAGGCUAGAGCAAGAUGCUGGUGAUGAGAUUGACCGUAUGUUGGAUGAGAUGGGCGACAGCGACAAUGAACCAGACUAUGAUUGGUUUGCUCAUAUGUCAGGGGCCAGGGAUAAUUUUAGCCUGCCUCAGCAACGCAGCCAGUAG